CGAGCGCCAGACGCGGAGCUGGGAAAAGGGAGGCAGAGGAGGCGGAGGCGGAGGCAGAGCCAGGCGCCGAGAGCGACCGACAGACCGGCGGGGCCGGGCCACGCCGAGCCGGCCCAGCGAGUCUUCCCGCGACCCGAGCCAGGUCCCCGCGGGCCGCGCUGCGGACUGGCCUGGGCGUCAGGGGCGCGAGAGCAGGUUCUGAGGCGGGCUUCCCUCGGCCUCCGGCGAGGGCUGGCCUUUUUGAAGGCGCCUUCUUUAACAGCAGGACUAGGCAGGCCACCAUGACCGAGAACUCCACGUCCACUCCUGCGGCCAAGCCCAAGCGGGCCAAGGCCUCCAAGAAGUCCACGGACCACCCCAAGUAUUCAGAUAUGAUCGUGGCUGCCAUUCAGGCGGAGAAGAAUCGCGCGGGCUCCUCGCGCCAGUCCAUCCAGAAAUACAUCAAGAGCCACUACAAGGUGGGUGAGAACGCCGACUCGCAGAUCAAGUUGUCCAUCAAGCGCCUGGUCACUACCGGGGUCCUCAAGCAGACCAAAGGGGUGGGUGCCUCGGGGUCCUUCCGGCUGGCCAAGAGCGACGAGCCCAAGAGGUCCGUGGCCUUCAAGAAGACAAAGAAGGAAGUCAAGAAGGUGGCCACGCCAAAGAAGGUAGCCAAGCCCAAAAAGGCUGCUUCCAAAGCCCCAAGCAAGAAGCCCAAAGCCACCCCAGUCAAGAAGGCCAAGAAGAAACCGGCUGCCACGCCCAAGAAAACCAAAAAACCCAAGACUGUCAAAGCCAAGCCAGUCAAGGCAUCCAAGCCUAAGAAGGCCAAACCAGUGAAGCCCAAAGCCAAGUCCAGUGCCAAGAGGGCCAGCAAGAAGAAGUGACAAUGAGGCUUUUCUUGUGGACACUCCUGCCUGUCUCCUAUUUUCUGUAAAUACUUUUCUCCUUUUCUCUCCCUUGAUUUUCGUCUGCAACCCUUUGCCCCGUUCUAUUCUUACUUUAUAAGAGACAAUUUGGAUUCCUCCGAAAUUAGGGAAUAGUUCAUUUUUCCUUUGAACCAGUCAUGCAAGGACAGCAACAACAAAUCUCAUCUCUGUAAUGAUGAGAAUGUACCUAUGUUCUGUUUUGUUAAUUUGCUAUUAAUCUACUUAUGGGUUUAGGGAUUUGGGGGGGGGUUGUGUGUUUUGGAUGGUUGGUUUGCUAGGAAGGUAAAAAUGGGAGGAGAAGGAGCAAAGCAACUCGUUCUGCUAGAUGAGAGGGAGCCCAGGAAUUGUUCAGGUUUGUAGGAGUAUCUUUAAGGCCAGCGAGCUUGCUUUAAGUUGAGCACUCCUUGUGAGUUUCAGAACCUUGGUGGAGAGGAGAGAGGUGGCAGCAGCUGGAUGGCAAAGGAGGGAGAUGGAAGUCAGCCCAUAGAGAGUUUUUUCCACUCCCAAUGGUGGGCAGUAGGGGGUCCAAAUCCAGUCGCCUUCUCACCUCUGUUAGUCUGCCCCUGUGGCCUCCCUAUUGUCCUAAGGAAGGGGAAGGGGGGUGGAAGUGACAGCUGGUCCAGGAAGCAGUGACUUCUCUCAGUCAGUUAGAAACUAGCCAUUGGGGGUCUUUGUGAUUUGGAAAAGUCUCAUGAUAAACGGGGCUGGAAAUUUUGGGGGAAGGGUGGGGAGUCAGUCAAGUGCCUCAGUGUACCCUGUUGAAACUUGGGUUUUUCCACACAAUUGGAUUGUAUCCUAGGAGGACUUUUUUUCUUUUCCCCUGGCUUUUUGUUCCUCCAGUACAAGAGGUGGCUUUGCUUGGCGGUCUGGCGGAGUCCAGCCCAGCCACCUGCCACUUAAAAACCUCCCAGACCUCUUUACUUCUGAGUCUUUUAUAAGUAGUUGUAGAUGGGGGAGGGGUAGUGGGCGGGGAGUGGACAGUCAGACAUACCGCAGUCGAUUUUGAAUUGCUAAGUAGUUUUACAGAGCUAGGUCUGUGUGUGUGUGUAUAUGUAUAUAUGCAUAUCUAGGGCUAGUACUUAGUUUCACACCCGGGAGCUGGGAGAAAAAAUCUGUACAGUCGUCUCUUAUUUUUAAUAAAAUAGUAAAGCGCGCGGUUACGCGUCAUCCCCCCACCCCACCUUUGUUUUGUUUUGUUUUGUUUUUAACAAGUGAUAUUUGUGCCGGGAAGAAUUCGCUGUCUUUGUAAUUUUAAAACUUUAAAAUAAAAUU